AACAGUUCUAGCCAAAAAAGUGACGAUGACUAUGAAGAUUAUACAACUAACAAAACCUGGGUUUUGACCCCCAAAGUCCAUGAGAGUGAUGUUACCCUUAUUUUGAAUGGACUACUGGAGGGAUAUGACAACAAGUUAAGGCCAGAUAUAGGAGUGCAACCAACAGUUAUACAUACCGAUAUGUAUGUCAACAGCAUUGGUCCAGUGAAUGCUAUUAAUAUGGAAUAUACAAUAGAUAUAUUUUUUGCCCAAACAUGGUAUGACAGAAGACUAAGAUUCAACAGCACUAUAAAAGUACUGAGGUUAAACAGCAACAUGGUUGGAAAAAUAUGGAUACCUGACACAUUCUUCCGAAAUUCAAAAAAGGCUGAUGCCCACUGGAUAACCACUCCCAACCGGAUGCUUCGGAUCUGGAAUGAUGGCAGAGUACUGUAUACAUUGAGGUUGACAAUAGAUGCUGAAUGUCAGCUACAGCUGCAUAACUUUCCAAUGGAUGAACAUUCUUGUCCCUUGGCAUUUUCAAGCUAUGGUUAUCCAAAAGAAGAAAUAAUCUACAUGUGGAAACGCAGUUCAGUGGAAGUGGGAGAUACAAGGUCCUGGAGGCUCUAUCAGUUCUCAUUUGUUGGGCUCAGAAACACAACUGAAGUAGUGCCAACAACCUCAGGAGAUUAUGUCGUCAUGGCAGUCUACUUUGACCUAAGCCGGAGGAUGGGUUACUUCACCAUUCAGACUUACAUUCCCUGCACACUCAUUGUAGUGCUGUCCUGGGUCUCUUUCUGGAUUAAUAAGGAUGCUGUUCCAGCCAGAACAUCUUUGGGAAUCACAACUGUCCUGACAAUGACCACUCUCAGCACAAUCGCUCGCAAAUCUCUCCCCAAGGUUUCUUAUGUGACAGCAAUGGAUCUCUUUGUAUCGGUGUGCUUCAUUUUUGUUUUUUCUGCAUUGGUGGAGUACGGGACUCUUCAUUAUUUUGUCAGUAACCGGAAGCCAAGCAAAGACAAAGACAAAAAGAAGAAAAACCCUCUUCUUCGGAUGUUUUCAUUCAAGGCACCUACAAUUGAUAUCCGUCCAAGGUCAGCUACUAUCCAAAUGAACAAUGCCACACACCUCCAAGAACGGGAUGAAGAAUAUGGGUACGAAUGUCUCGACGGCAAGGACUGUGCAAGUUUUUUCUGCUGCUUUGAAGAUUGCAGAACAGGAGCAUGGCGGCAUGGGAGGAUACACAUCCGCAUUGCCAAAAUGGACUCUUACGCCCGCAUAUUCUUUCCUACUGCCUUCUGUUUGUUUAACUUGGUCUACUGGGUGUCCUACCUUUACCUUUAAACAAGCAGAAAGGAAAUUGAUGACACAAGCCUUAUUCUUCAAAAUGUAUUAAAUGGUUUCCUGUAUGACUCCACUCCAAUGCCAUGAUUUAGUGGCUGUAGUGAACAUGGGGACUUUGACGAACACAUUGAUGUUCCUGCAAGAAGGAGCCACCACCUUCUCUUCAGUUUCAGGGAGUAUGCUGCUUGUGCUCCACUAUGCACACACAGAGCAUUCCCUGAACUGUGGGGAUAGGGGUGGGUGGAUGGGUGGGAGUCAGUCAACCCUUGCUCAUUUAAGCUCCAUUAAGCACCAGAGCUUCAUGGAACUUAGAACAGCUUUAUCACAGUGGUUUGAAUUCUUUAGUGCCAUAAUCCAGUAAAUAUUAUCCAUUACAUUUGUUGGACUACUGUAAAAAGUAUUGUGGUUUGAAUGCUCCCAUGCUAUAUUUUAAGGAAUUUGAUACAGACCAAACCAAGUAUCCAUUAGAAAUCCACCACUGAAUGUGUGAGGGGCAGUGGGGAGAGGACCCUCACAAGUUCUCAGAGUAUUACCAUUUUAGCUAUAAAUAGUCAGCAGUUACAAUGAAGAAAGUAAAAAAUAAAUAAAUACUGUAUAGUUUGUUAUCAUUGAUUAUAAAUACGUGAUACUUUUGUGGGCUUUUCUUUUUGGAAGAGUCAUCUCUCCGUUCAGACCAAUGUAACUAGUCUAAGGGGAAAGGAGUUUUUCUUUGCACCUGAAUAAAAAUUGAGUGUUUGGGUGGACUCCUUAAGAGCACAUGUACAAAUGUUGUAAAUAUUCCACUACCUGGUAGUGCUUGGGUUUAGUGCAUGAAGACUGGGGGUGGGGUCAGGGGCAAAAUAAAUGGAGCAAAGGUACCAUAUUAUUGUCUUUCAUUACUAAUUAAAAAUCAUCCUCUUUUUGAAGCAGAAAGACCAUCACCACCAUGCAUGGAAGAUGUGGACAAACAGUUUUUUCCAUAAGAAGGUAGACAAGCCUUAAGAUGUUGACUAAAAUACUACCCAUUUCAUAGUACAAAUCAGUAAGGCCAAUAUAAAUAAUACUUUAGUCUGUAGAUUAGCUCAAGCUGUUAGCUGCUGUUUUAUUCCUCACUUUCCAUGACAACUAAACCUACAUUUGUUAUAUACUGCAAGAUUGGCUGUGGUCUUUUGAAGCAUUUGUUUGCAGUUAAUGGAUCCUUCCUCACAAUGAAUGAUGAUCAUUUGUAUCUAGAAUACUUUUGCUGAGAUGCACGAUCCAUCUGAAUGAACCAGAACUGAAUAUUGUUCUUGCUUUGUUUGCUUUUCACAAAUACAUUUGUUCUCCAGGCAGAAGUUGGGGCAUUUUCAUUUGUGCCACUAUAUAGACCUGGUGUUCACCAUACAUAUGUGUGAUGAUGUUAGUGCUCCAUUUUAAAUCUCUCUCUUUCUCUCUCUGCCCCCAGGUCUCUUGAUUAUUAUGUAGAGUCUAUCAGUAGCUAGCGCAUAACGUAGCAAACAUUUUGAAACAAAAGAACAACUGAAAAUGAAAGAGGAGGAUUGUCUUUGUUAAUAAAAAAUACCUGCAUAGUAUGUGUGCUUUAAGAGAACAAGACCCAGUUGAGUGAAUCUUAAAUUUCAUUUAACUGGCUAUUGGUUUUCAAACAUCUGUGCAAUGCUGAGUUAUGCAAAUUUAAGCACAUGUAAAUAAUGACUGACUUUUUUACAGUCACAAACUGAGAACACCAGUUCGUCUCAAGUAGGUUUGCAACUGGGAAGGAGGAAUAAUCUAUAUAUAUAUAUUAUCAUUAUCAUUACAGAAUUAAUGAUAUUAAUGAUAGCCAAUACAGAGACUUAAGGACAGUUUUCCAAUGUCUGUAUAGUUUUGGAAAUAAAUAUGUAUAGAAAGGUAUAACUAUGUCCUGAUCAUCAACUGCUCCUUAAUGUAUUUUAAUGAAGGAAAUGCACAUACCCAUAGAUUUUUUUUCAAUAAAAUUGCUGCACUCAA